AUGUCUGAUGUUAUCAUUCAUAAUAAUUUGUCUAACAAUGAUCAUCUUUACAAGUCUAUGGUAUUUAAAAUUCAUCACUAUAAAAAACAGUUAAGAUUUUUAUCUGAUAAAUUAAAAAAAAAUGAAACUAAUAAAAGUGCUGAGAUUUUGAAAUCUAUUUUUAACAAUGACCAAAUAGAAUCCUUGUCCAGAAAAUCUACUAAAUUCAUGAAGUGGUCUAAUCCUACUAUUUGCAAAGCUUUAAAGAUAACAUUUAGCUGUGGUAACAACGGUUACGAAGAAAUGUUGAAACAGAAAAUUCCAUUGUCUUCUCAAAGAACUUUAAGAAGAAGAUUGCAGAUGUUAAAAUUUGAUAGCGGUGUACUAGAUGAAGUUUUUAAAUUUUUAGAAAUUAAAAUUCAAACGUUUCAAGAUACACAUGAAAAAGAAUGUGUUCUUAUAAUAAUAUAA